AUGGCAGACGACCAUCCUCUUGGGAAUCGGGUCGGCGAUAUGCGCAGCAUACUCACGGAGGAUCCUCAGACCUGGGAUAUCCUAUGGAAGCAACAAGUGACACCAUGGGACUCAGGUGAAAUCCAGCCACCAUUGCGACAGGUCGUUGAGAGCGGUGAAAUUCCGUUCACAAAAGGUGGCAGGGCGCUGGUUCCUGGGUGCGGUAGGGGCUAUGACACGAUCUAUCUUGCCUCAGCGUUGGGACACGACACGAUUGGUCUCGAUGCUUCUGCCACUGCUGUUGAAGCGGCCAAUCAGUUAGCUCAAUCGAGUUCAUUGGACCUAGAUUUGGUGUCAAAAAUCCAUUUCGAAGUCGCCGAUUUCUUCAAGUAUGAGGUUCCGGAGGAUAGAAAAUUCGACUUGAUCUAUGACUAUACAUUCUUCGUCGCCAUCCCACCCUCGAAACGUUCUUUAUGGGGCUCCCAAAUCAACUCUUUGAUCAAACCUGGAGGAUACCUCAUAACCUUGAUGUUUCCACACGUUCCUGUUCACGAUCCGCAGCCAUAUGCCGCCGGACCACCUUUUUACAGUAACUUUACUUCGUACGAAGAGGUUUUGCGUGUCGGCGGCAGUGAAUGGGAAGUGGUGUUGAAUAAGAUACCGGAUGAUGACACGUUGUUGGAUGUGCAUAAGGGGAAGGACAGGAUUGUCGUUUGGAAGCGGACCGCUUGACGCAGACACAGGAUUGUCAAAUACUCUGAUACUGACAACAAUUACCAAGUCCUUACAGGUUUUCACCUCAAAUGUUGACUGCGAGACGCACUGGGGUCGAUCCUGACAGUCUGGGGCAGUGUUCAAUGUGACUCUAAUGUCUGUGUUUGUUUGCAAUAUUCCUUUCUCAGAAGAUGUCGUUCAAUGAAGCGUUGAAGCAUACAGCUAUGGAAAGGAUCCCAGGGUAAUCCCGUUGAGGAA